AUGGAGAGGACCCUUGUCUGUCUGAUAGUCAUCUUCCUGGGGACAGUGGCUCAUAAAUCAAGCCCCCAGGGGCCAGAUCGCCUCCUGAUUAGACUUCGUUACCUUAUAGAUGUUGUUGAACAGCUGAGAAUCCGUGUGAAUGACUUGGAGCCUGAACUUCUACCAGCUCCACAAGAUGUGAAGGAUCACUGUGAGCACACAGCAUUUGCCUGUUUUCAGAAAGCCAAACUCAAGCCAACUAAAGAGGGAAAUAACACGAAGAUCAUCAAAGACUUAUCCGCACAGCUGAGGAGGAGGUUGCCUGCCUCGCGUACAGGGAGAAGACAGAAGCACUUAGAUGAAUGUCCUCCCUGUGAUUCUUAUGAGAAAAAACCACCCAAAGAAUUCCUGGAACGAAUAAAAUCACUCCUUCAAAAGGUAUGCACCUUAGACACGUUUCUAUCUCUCUCUUUUGUUGUCUCCUGGUCCCCUCCUGUGCCCAGUGGUUCACAGGCUACUGUUUUCACAGAUGAUUCAUCAGCGUCUUUCCCAGAACACAUAGGACCUGAAGAUUCCAGAGGACUUGAGGGGACACCGGACACUAUGGACACUCACGGACUCAGGAGUGACCUCUCCUCCUGGCAUUGA